AUCCAGGCAACGAUUCUAUUAUCAUUAACAAUAAAAAUUGUGUAUGUUUUUAUUAACUUUUAAUUUCGGUGGAAAUUAACUUAAAUCGAUGUAAAAAUCGUACAAUAAUUCUAGCUAAUUGUCUCACCAUUCUACGAAUCAUUUUCACCGAUUUCAAUUCACUCGCCGAACCCUCUACCAUAUUUUCCACUCGCCCACUUGUUUUUACUCACGGAAUCAAUCAUGCAAUGAAUUUAAAACGAGCCAUGAACAACAACGUCAAAGAAUACGCCGACGCGAACAAUAAAAUGAAAAAAACCAACGAGACGUUAGAAAAUGGUCAAGAAUGUAUGAAAAAUCUCGAAGAAAAACUCCUCGAAUCGUUCUACCAGCAUUUGAACAAUUGCAACGAACGUAACGACGGAUCUUGUAAUUCUAACGCCGAAUCAAACAUCACACCUGUCAAUAAUCUAAACCGUAACAGCGAAUCUACCAACGGUAAACCUCAGAAUGGCGAUUUGAAUCGAAUGUAUAAUCGAAACUCGUCGUACAGAAACAUCUACGUAUCGAGUAGCUCCGAAGAUGACGACGAACACUGCGUUUACACUUAUAAAGGAGCUGAAAUACCAAACGUUGCUGAUUCAGCCUUCAACGUAGUAGAGGUGCUGAAUGGUCGCUCGUCUCCUGAUAUGGAUUACUUAGAAAUGGAUUUCGAUCCGGGACCUUCCAACGGUCAAGAUUCCGAUAGCGAUAACGCCUCCAACGAUGUACCAAAUACCGAAGAAAGUGAUCGAUUUAGCGAACGUAAACCAUCGGAUAGAUUUAAACAACAAGAAACACAUUGCGAUGAAAAUGCAAACUGUUACGUAGAUCAAGUACCUGUCGAGAAUGUUAACGAGUCUCCUUCGGAAGCUGUCUUCUGCUCACCGGUUUCAAAACAACCGUCGACUGACGAUGAGCAGCCUUGUUGCUCGAAAAGUUUGCAUAGUUAUCGAAGUAACGAAAUCUUCGAACCGAAGCAGUAUUUUUGUACGGGCGAUUCGUCCGACGAAGAGGUUCCUAACUCUGAUUACGAUGAUGUUACGUUCAUCGUUGAUGGUUACCAUGAAGCCAAAAGACUUGAAUCUGAAUCAGCUCAAGGUAUUCCUUCCGUAUCUGUAUCGGAUGCUGAUCACGUUGAAGAGAAUUUCUGCUGUUUUGAUAAUUUAUUAAGGACUGAUCCGACGUAUUGUAUAAGCGCCAUAAUUAAUCUUCUGACGGCUUUACAUAUUCCGCAUGAUUCUCAUUACGCUAGAUGUAUGUUAUCAAAAUUACUUCAAAGAAGAGAAGUGCAUCCGGGGUUACCUAUCGUUGAUUAUUUGAUUUUACGAGCCGUCGAAGACGUCAAUGAAACCGAACUGGUGGGCUUAUUAGCAGAAUUAUCGGAUCACAAAUUUCAUUCGAGAUUCUUCACAACGUAUCCAAAAAGGAAUAUCGAUUACCUAGAAUGGCUGAGCGAAUGGAUAAGUAAAGGUGCAUUACCAGUGGUUACCAGAAAUGUUCUCGAACGUGGCUCGUUACCUGUUAAGAAUAUAAUUUACAAUCAAUGGAGGCACAACGUCGUUUAUAAAACAGACUCCGCUCAUGUAUCGUUAACCAAUCCGCUAGAACGAAUCGAAAAAUCUGUGUUAUCGAGGCAGCUCUGUCAACCAUCUUUAAUAUACAUCAAAAGAAGCACAAUGAUGAAAAAAUGGCACCCACAUGUUGAUCUGAGACCUCUACUUAAGCCUGAAAAUCAGCAAUGGUUUAAUGAAAAUGUUCUAGGACAAUUAGCUUCGAUGAUACGAGAACAUAAUAACGGUGCCAAGACGAAGCAUUAUAUAAGGAUACCUUCGAAUUGCCAAUGUGGUAUUACCCUAUUCGCUUCUUCAGAUAAUUCAAAGUUAUGCAAAGAAAUAGACGAAGCUUCUGAAUUACCACUAGCUUGAAAAAAAAAAGUUUAUUAUUUCUUUUAUUAUUAUCAUCAUCAACUUUUUAAAAAUAUUUAUAAUUAUAUUGCUCGAUUUUUCCCCCAUUUUUUUUUUUUUAGAUGCCAUUUAAUACGCUCGGUUUUGGGAAAAUUUUUAACCUGCUAAGUUCCUUCAUUAUUUUAAAAUCGUUCACCAAAAUGUUAAUUCAUUUUACUAUAUCAUGCGACCGACAGAUUUUUAGCUGAUUUUUUUUAUUAUAUUGUUCGUGUAGAUCGUUUUGUAUUUUGAACAGUCGUGAAAAUAUUUUGUAUAUUUUUGUAUAGAAUUAUUAUCGAAUCGAGAAUUAUUAAAACCGAAGCCCGGGCUUUUAAAAAUUUCAUCAUUAACACCACGUUAUUUUAUUCGAUCGUUGUUUCUGUACGUUUCUUUUCUGUAUAUAGGUAUUUUUAAUCUUUAUGAAUAGUGCCAUUGAAUAAAAAAUAUUCAUCAUUA